CAGAAAAGAGGGGGGUAACGUAAAUGAAUAAACUUGCUGCUUGCUGUAAGGAGCGAAGAUCAAACAGUGAAAUGUUGGUGAAAGCGAUAACCAUCACUCUCGUUGUAUUCACUAUUGCUGGUUCUCUGGCUGAAGUCACCGACAGCAAAUUAGCUGAUGCUGCCUUGAACUACCUCAGUCUGGAAAGCAGCAGCACCAAAGGCAGCCUGCUAAAGAUCCAGCUAUUAGAUCUCACCAAAAAACUAAGUGCUCUGAUAGACAACUUAAAUAGUGUAAAUGUAGAAGACCUGCAGAACAAAGUUACUGUUUUUGUCAAACUGAUCCAGGCCCAGAUGACACCAGACUUAGUGAAACUGCAGCUAGAGGUCCAAAAGGAUUCGGAGCAGCUGAGAACCAAGCUCUCCCCAUAUUCAGAUGCGGUGAACAAGCAGCUGAGCAAGACUACAGCAGCACUUACAGGCAUAUUUACUUUCUUUGAUGAGGAACUUCAAGCCCUUCUACAAAAAAGCAACCUGGCUGUUAGCGAGAUGAUGAAGAAUAUAGCCUUGGAUCUAGACAUUGAGACCAGAGCAAAUCCGGGAAAUAUGCAGUUGUCAUUGGCCUCUUAUUCACAAAGGCUGGAAAUUACCAUUACAGAAACCCUUAAGGAACUAAGCGAGAGCCUACUAACUAGUACUGAGAAGGUGAAUGAGAAGAUAGACCAGCAGGUCCUGACUUUGUAUCAGAGUCUGUCUCCAUUUGCAGAUGAUAUGCAAGAUAACUUGAGAAAACAGACCGAAAACAUGAAGUUCCAGAUUAAAAAGAACGUUAGCCAGAUGGUGAGCAAGAUCUUGAACAACACGGCACUGCUGAAAAAGCAAAUGAGCCUCUAUACGGUUAUAUUAAAGGAGGAAAGCAAUCUGGAGUUUGGGUAUGCCAAAAAGACACUGGACCGAUUCAUGACCAAUAUGAGCCUGAAGGUUGUAGAAUUCAAAGCUAUGGCAACCACCUACCGAGACAUCCUCAAGGAAGCACUUGUAAAGAGUGUCGCAGACUUGAAGCAGAAGCUGAUAAAUGACGCUGUGAGUGAACAGGAUCAAAUGAACCUGGAGAUCCUGGAGAAAGAUUUCCUUGACAAGAUCAGCAAAUUCAUUAACGGCACCUUGCUCCCAGCCGGUAGUGAAUGAUAUUACUCUAACAUCAGACAACCAUAUCAAAUUGUUCUUCAAAUAUUUGUAUGCUUUAUUUAGUUACUAUGUGUAAUCAUUGUAUCUUGCUCAUGGUUUAUAUACAUUAAUAAAGCAGCAUAGGAUCAGAAAACGUAAUCAAAACUCGAUGUAGUUAAACAGUACUGUAGCUGCAUAUAGAGGAACGCUAUCUGACGUGUUCAGGCAAUAGAGAACGUAACGGAUCAGUAAGUUAGGAUUGUUUUGAGUGUUUCCUGCCUUCACGUAAUAUCAGUUUAUUCAAAUAUACUAUACUACAUUUUACAUUUUAUACAUUGAUAUCUAUAAAACCCAGAGGAAAGUGGCUGUGAAUUAUAUCAUUGUCUUGAAAUAAGCAAAAGACCUGAAAUAAAAUAGUUUUACUUACAGUUCUAGCAUUGAAACAAUGAAUUGCAUUGGCAUGUCUUUGCAGUACCACAUGGUUUCUGUGUACAAAGAGAACAGUAAAGGUAUAUUCUCUACCCUUUAUAUAAGGAGAGCAUCCCCCCUAUCUCCCACAGGCCUUCUACCCACUGGGGUCUGUUGUGGGUUAAGUGUCAAUGGAACUGCAUGUCAAAUGCAUAUGCUAAAAUGUUAAAAACUUAAGUAUUACACACAGUAUUUACAGCGGUUAAUAUGACGACAGUGGGCAUCACAACAGUGAUUCUGAUGGCAGUGGGCAUGAUGGCACUGGGCCUGAUGGAAGUGGAUAUUGUGGCACUGGGUAUCAUGGCAUGGGAACUAUGGCAUUGGGUAUGACGAUUGUGGGAAUGACAGCACUAAAGUGAUGGCACUGGGCAAGACGGCACUGGGGAUGAUGACACUGGGCAUGACGACACUGGGGAUGAUGACACUGGGCAUGACGACACUGGGGAUUAUGUUACUGGGCAUGAUGACACUGGUGAUGAUCACAUUGGGCAGGAUGGCACUGUGGAUGACAGCAGUGGGUAUGAUGGCACUGGGGACGACUGCAGUGGGUAAGAUGGCACUGGGCAUGAUGACACUGGGAAUGAUGACACUGGGUAUUAAGGGGUACA